CGCCUGGCGGGGAGAGGCGGGGCGAGGGGAGACAGCCGAGCUCGCCGCUGCCUGGCUGAGGCGGGAGGGACGCGGGGCUGCGGCGGGGCGGAUGGGGCUGGCGCCGGCGGAGAGGCUCUGGGAAGAGAGAAGCAGCAGCACACGCCAUGCUUUGCUGGAAACACACCGUCCCCUCGCCCUGCGGACCCUGAGACACCUACCCCCUCCUAGGACUGCGGAGCCCUGAGCUGCCCCCUUUCUUUGCUGCAUGCCCAGUCACGAGUGCUGGAUUAUGUUCGUCGCAUUCUCCCUCUGCUCCAUAAUUUGGUUGAAUCGUGGCUUCAAGUUAAGGAAAAGGGGCUGCACUUCAGCGUGCGGGAGCUUGAGCGUGCACGGGGCCGUCCUCACCAGGCUUCGCUCGUCCUGGCUCGUGCAAAGAUGGUAAACGCACAAAGAAUGGUGCAGGGCGAGAGCCGCGCCUGAGCCUGCGCCCCACGUCUCGAGCAGUUGGCCCGGCUCCAGCUGCCCUGUGCAGCAGAGAUGGGCAGCACCGAGGGCUUUCAGUACCGUGCGCUCUACCAGUACUGCAAAGAGCGUGACGAGGACAUCGACCUGCUCCCUGGGGACAUCCUGGUGGUGAGCAAAGGGGCCCUGCAGGCCCUGGGCUUCAAGGAUGGAGACGAGCAGACGCCCAACCAGAUCGGGUGGAUCCCGGGCAUCAAUGAACGCACCAAGCAGAAAGGGGAUUUCCCUGGCACCUAUGUGGAGUACAUUGGGCCCGUGAAAAUCUCCCUCCCUUCCCACAGACCCAGGGUGCAGAGACCCCUGCCAGCAACUCCUGGGGCCAGCACCUCCCGCAUGCAGGAGGCGCUGGAGCAAGGAUGGCUCCUCCCGGACCUGGCGGAGCAGUUCGCCCCCCCUGAAGUCGCACCCCCGCUUCUGCUGAGGCUGGUGGAAGCCAUUGAGAAGAAAGGCUUAGACAGUGAGACGUUAUACAGGACGGCUGGCUCGGAGUUGAGACAAGCACUGAAGACCGAUUGGGUGCUGGGUGACGUGGAGCCGUUCGACGUGCAUUCCCUGGGCGAGGCACUGCGGGGCUUCCUGCAGGAUCUGCCUGCUCCCGUGGUCCCGGCGUCUGUGCAUGGCGAGAUCCUGCGCAUCCUGCAGGAGAUCCCGCAGCCAGAGAGCUGCAGGAAGCAGCUGCUGCUGGCGCUGGAGUCUCCUGCGGUCCCUCUCCAGAACCUGCUCACAUUGCAGUUCCUGCUCCGCCACCUGGGGAAGGUGUCCCAGCAGGCCGAGAGCAACGGCCUCCACCCUCGGGCCCUGGGCGAGAUCUUCGGCCCUCUGCUGCUCCGGCUGCCUGGCACCAGUGCAGAGCUGAGCCCCGAUUUCUCAGGGCUCUUCCUGGAGACACUUCUGCAGGGGAAGGACUCGGAGCCGGAACAAGUGCCGCCAGCUCUGCCUCCGAAGCCCUCGAAGCCGAAGCCCGGUGGAGCCAGCCUGGCCAAUGGGAGCAGCGCGCCCCUGCAGGAGGCGGAGUGGUACUGGGGUGACAUUUCCAGGGAGGAGGUGAACGAGAAGCUGCGUGACACGCCGGAUGGCACCUUCCUGGUCCGCGAUGCCUCCAGUAAGAUCCAGGGGGAGUACACGCUCACGCUGAGGAAAGGUGGCAACAACAAGCUGAUCAAGAUCUUCCACCGGGAGGGGACGUACGGCUUCUCGGAGCCCCUGACCUUCGGCUCCGUGGUGGAGCUCAUUAGCCAUUACCGGCACGAGUCGCUGGCCCAGUACAACGCCAAGCUGGACAGCAAGCUGCUCUACCCCAUCUCCAAGGACCAGCAGGACCAGCUGGUGAAGGAGGACAGCGUGGAGGCCGUGGGGGAGCAGCUGAAGGUCUAUCACCAGCAAUACCAGGACAAGAGCCGGGAGUACGACUUGCUGUACGAGGAGUAUACGCGCUCCUCGCAGGAGCUGCAGAUGAAAAGGACGGCGAUCGAGGCCUUCAACGAAACCAUCAAGAUCUUUGAGGAGCAGUGCCAGACGCAGGAGAAGUGCAGCAAGGAGUACAUCGAGCGCUUCCGGCGGGAGGGCAACGAGAAGGAGGUGCAGCGGAUCCUGAUGAACGCCGAGAAGCUGAAGUCGCGCGUCACUGAGAUCCACGACAGCAAGAUGAAGCUGGAGCAGGACCUGAAGAAACAGGCCUCGGAGAACCGGGAGAUCGACAAGCGCAUGAACAGCCUCAAGCCGGACCUCAUGCAGCUGCGCAAGCUCCGGGACCAGUACCUGGUGUGGCUGACGCAGAAAGGGGCCCGGCAGAAGAAAAUCAACGAAUGGCUGGGCAUCAAGAACGAGACGGAGGACCAGUACUCCAUGAUGGAUGACGAGGAGGAGCUGCCGCACCAUGAGGAGCGCACCUGGUACGUGGGGAAAAUCAACCGUGUGCAGGCGGAGGAGAUGCUGUGUGGCAAGCGCGACGGCACCUUCCUGAUCCGGGAGAGCAGUCAGAAGGGCUGCUACGCCUGCUCUGUGGUGGUGGACGGAGACACCAAGCACUGUGUGAUCUACAAGACGGUGACCGGUUACGGCUUUGCCGAGCCCUACAACCUGUACGCGUCCCUGAAGGACCUGGUUCUGCAUUACAAACACAUGUCCCUGGUGCAGCACAACGACUCCCUGAAUGUCACGCUGGCUUACCCGGUUCUCUCCCAGCCACCUGCCAGAUGAGCCUCUGACGCAGAGCACAAUGGCUGCCUCCGCCUCCUCCCCAGCCUCUGGCCUCUGUCCCUUGUCUAGACGAGUCUCCUGCCCUCCAGAGCCUGGGGGAUGUCGUGACCGGUUCCUGGUGUCCCGCUUGCUCAGCAGUAGAAACCCAGCUGGACGCUGGUCGAUGGGGAGGCAACACCAUCAGCUUGGGAUGGAAAAGCCGCGCGUGACUUCAGCCUUUCUGAGGAGGAGUCCAGGCGCAGGCUAAUUGCUAGGGGGGGCUUCGUCUCUCCCGUUGCAGCUCCCCAGGGGUGGUUUUGCGCCCCCCUCCCCCCCCGUUGUGUGUCACUGUACAGCUCGGUUCCUAGUUCCCGUGUGUGCCGUGGGGUCGCCGGCCCAGCGGCCACAACUGAGGUGCCACGUCUGCCCCGGCGCUCCGGUGGGAGCAGCCCUGCUGGGGCGGGGCGGGCAGCGCUCUCUCCUGAACUACACGUGGUCGUUGCUAAAACCGUUCUCUCCUUUCCCUUCCCUUCAGGAAUCCUGCGGCCUGGAGUGAGUGCCGGCCUGUGGUCCGAGGGUGCCAGCCUCACCCAGAGAGAGAGCUAGAAAAGGGGGUUGGUGAGGGCACGGCACGCUGGCUCCUUGGCCAAGAUGCCAGGUGUUCGCGGCACUUUCCACAGUCCAUGUAACUCCUGUGUGUGGCUUGCAGGGGAGGCUCCAUUCGAUUAGUUAAUUACUAACCCACCUGUCUCGCCUUGGUUGUGCCAGCUAAGCUGUGAAAUCCGUGUUGGUACCAGUGCUUCCCUGGGCUGCGUCUGGGGGAUGCACAGCUGUGCUUGUCCAUUGCUUCUGGGGAGUCUCCUCAGUCACUGGUCAGAGCUAACUGUAGCCAUGUAAAUACGGUUAUUUUAUAAUCAGCUGCUUGCUAGUGCCCGUUCGUUCGUAUGCAGAACCCUUGUUAUGAUAUGCAAGCCCCAGGCAGCGACAGACCAAGCGCAUCCCUCGGCCUGGGAGAACGUGAAGCCAGAGGUGCUGGAAUGUCAGACACACUGCGAGCCCUAUGCAAACGGGGGCCCUCUCUGCAAGGGAAGGGUGGGGACUAGCCAUGCCCCUCCGGCCCCAGGGCCUCGGCACGGAGCAAUGUAGAUGUGUGAGAUAGAACUAUGUAUGCGAAGCACUUCUACUCCUGAGUACUGUACGGAGCCGGCACAGAGCUGAGCCCUGGGAUUUCUGUAAUAUUUCCAGUCGUGUCUGUUUUAGUACGAGGGAGCAGGAGAAUUGCUGUGUGUUUCCUGAUGAUGCCUGAGCAGGGCAUGCGUCUGACCGUGUGGGGCCAGUGUUACCUACCGGGUGAGACGGGGGGGUUCUCUUCGACAGAGCAAAAUGGUUUGGGAAGCGUUCGGGGGCGGGGAUGUGGUACCUCUCCCUCCGUGUCAGGCAUCAGUCGGCACCAGCACCUGGCAGUGCCUGCCCCUCUGCCCCAGCAUGACUGGCAGCGCCAGGAGGGUUGAGGGGGGAUGCUCAGGAUCCCAUGGCUCUCUCCCCUCGGCACUGUGCCUGCCCAGCUCUGGGGAGGUGCCACUCGCCCCUUGAUCCGUCCCAAAGGCCCCGUCCCAGCUGGAGGCGGACGCUUGGUCUGUGUCGUAGCAGCAGGGUGGGAGAUCUCAGCUGACAGUGUAGGGAGCACGUGUGUGAUCUGCUGGGGGGGGUGCGGCUGAUAGUGUGUGGGCGAUGCUGGGGCGUGGCACAGGCUUGGAGGCUCUUGGUUGUCACGACCACGGUACUCCUCACACCCUUCCCACGCCUGCACCAUCGGCCCUGCUGCUCUGGCCUGGUUUCCUCUCUCGGUAAACGCUGGGGCUGUCUCCAGCGUGGGUGGAGCCAAGUGCGGCCUGCCUCGGGCGCCCGUGGCACGGGGACUUGCAGGGGCUGACGUGUGUGGUGUGAGCCUGGGGCUCUGUUCUCACCUGGGUGCACGUGCUCUGUGGCAUUGGUGCCUGCGCUGGCUGGAAUGGAUUCGGGGCUCAGCGAGCGAGUGCUGGCGUCUCCUCGCCGGGUGGAGCUCAGCUGGCUGAGCGCCCUGGACUCUGCGCCGGUGGGGUGAAGUGGCUGGAGGACUCACGGCUGGGCCAAAGCAAGCCGGGGUGGUGGGGGGGGGGCAAGAAGGCUGAGGCUCCUUCUUCCCCCCCGCCCCCGGCACAGGGGGACACUGAGGUUUGGAUCUGGGCAAUGAAGGGGCAGAGCCAGUGAGUUUAGCCCAACGUGGCGGCUGUCAGUUGGUGGAAGGCGCAGGGUGAUGGUGACUCGAUUGGUCAGGAAGUUCACCCCCAGCUUUCGGCUGGCUAGAGUCCAUGUCCCUGCACCAGGAGACCCCUGAGAAGCUGGGGCAACCCUACCUGCUCCCCCCAAAGCUGACUUACUCUUUGAGAAAUUAAGCCAUAAAAAUUGACCCCGGUAUUGUACGUAUUAGUAUUAAUACUUAGCCACUUACUUCCUCGCUCCAUGUGCCCUGCCUUCCCCACACCGCAAUGUGGUCACUUGGCUCACAACGGUCUGAAGCCUGAGCCACCAGAGGGCGGGAUUGUUGGGGUAGGGGACAGUACCUGGGCUGUGAGGAGAGGCGCACAGGCUGGCAGGUGUUACAUACACUACAUCCAUUUCACAGCUGGGGAUGCUGUGUUCCGGCUCCUUGCUCCUCAGCCAUGCUGUGCAGGUCUCCUCCCGUGUUUGGAAGCACCUUGUUAACUCCACCAGCGUCGGGUGUUGGGAUCCUGCUGAGAUUCGGAAAACCUCUCCCCUCUGCUUCUAGCCUCACCCUUGUCUCGCUGGUGGGCUCACCUGCCUCUCCCUGCAUGGACGAUUCUAGCUCCUUGGGAGAGUCUCACCCUCUGCCCACUUUGCCUGGUCUCUCGCUGCCUGACCCAAGCCUGCUUCUCCUCAGGGGAAUUUGAAAUUCCCGCUUUGCUCCCUGGGAGCUGAGCUGGCUCCAUGUGAAUGCUCUGAGCGGUGGUUACACAUGGCUUUACUUCUGUGCAUCUGAUAGCACUGCCCUUUCUGAGUUGCUAGAACACUACUGAGGAUGGAAACGUGGUCUGUGGCUGCACCCUGUACCUGUUGCAGAGGGAAGGCUCUGCUCUUCUCCAAUCCAGUAUGCAAUGAAUAGGAAACCCCCCCCGCUCCCCCCGGUUACUUUCUCUGAUGGUGCCUGACUUGGCGCUUAGAAACUUGGCUUUUUCUCCUCCUCCAGUGGAAGAACAAGCCCCUUGAAUCUUUUUUUUUUUUUUUUUUUGACACGGCUCCUUUGGAAUAAGCCAGUUGUGAUUUGGUCUUUGCUUUAGCUGUUGCUGUUUACGUCUUCUGGGUUAAUCCGUGAGAACAUUAUCUUUGGAUCCCCUUGGUUGUGCUCUGCUGCCUGUGAUCUCAUCUGCAACGUCGGUCAAGGUGUGAACCAGAACCUCUUGUGAUACUAGGCCCAUCUUCUGCGUGUCCUCGGCCCACCUGGCAAAUGUAAAGCUGCAAGCCAGGGAGUCAGCGAGUUCUGCUUUGCGCCCCUGCAGGCUGCCCAACAUGAAAUAGCACCCAGCCAGCCUUCCCCUUUGGUCGUGGCUGCCGUGGGGGGGGUGGAAGAAAUUGACCAUAUCUCCUUGAAAUGGGGCUUUGAUUCGAGACCAAGUGCCCAGUUCCUGGCCAGGCCCUGUGCUAGUUCCCUUGUUUUCUCCACUCCUCCAUCCGUUGGGCCUCCACUAUGGGCCUGGUGACUGCGCUGCCAGCGUUCUGGUUAGGAAGGAAAGUGUGAAUCUUCCCCCACCAUCAGGGCAGAGGAGAUUUGGGUGUGGGGAGCGGGCAGUGUCACAAGGGAAGGGGGGAAGCUGCUCUGGGGGGGCCUGAGCCACUCCUGCUGCUUCCUGGCUCCAUCCAUUAUACUUUGUGCAGCACUUGGAAGCUCAGGGGCAGGAGCACACAUGCCAAAUGCCCAGAGUCACAGCCUGGUUGGGAGGGACAGCAAAGGAAGCCCUGGUCUAGAACCCCCCUCUUGGCCCCAGGACCAUGUGGCUUUGUGCAGGAUGCUGAAAUUCUGCUUGUUCUGCGGGAAGCUCUGGGCUGCAUUAGUCAGAGGCGGAUUGUUUUAAGCCUGCAGCCUAAUUUCAUUGGAGGAAAGAGCGUGUUUGGGUUGUGAGCAGACCAAAGCCUGAUUCCUUGCACGGGUCCCUGCCUGCUUGGGGGGGGAGGGGGCUGGCUGACACGCCGGGAUUUGCACGCAGUCCGAGAGGAACUUGGCUGGUGAACACUCCUGAGGUUUUAGCUCUUACGAGAUAUGCAAUAAUAAAUACUCUAAUCGCCAUUUCUUCUGUCUGUUAGCAGAAGUCGUUCUCUGUGCUCUUUCUGUGUACGUUUACUAACGUAAGCCCAGGAUUUGUUACUGUCAGAUCAUUUUUGUACGGUACUUUAAACAAAGGGAGAAAUAAACUGAAAGAACUAA